AUGGUGAUUUCUUCAGUCACACUUCUCAUGAACAUUACGUGCCGUCGGCUACUUUGGCGGAUUACAAGGCGCAAGGUAUCGCAACUUGCUCAACUUUCACGCGAAGAGUUCCAACCGGUGAUCGGAUUAGAGGUUCACGUCCAGCUGAACACGAAAACUAAAUUGUUCUCACGAGCACCAUGUACUGAUGAUGCUACUCCAAACAGCCAAAUUGCUGCUUUCGACAUGGCCACACCGGGAACUCUACCAAUGCUUAAUAAAAGCUGUUUGAUGCAUGCAUUACGAAUGGCAGUACUUUUGAACUGCGAGAUCCCUCCUUAUUGCCGAUUUGACAGAAAGCAUUAUUUCUAUGCAGACAUGCCAGCUGGUUAUCAAAUUACGCAAGCGGGAGCAGCAGUGGCUCGAAAUGGGAAGUUCGCCUUUUCAGUUGGGAUCACACAGUUGCAACUAGAACAGGACAGUGGAAAAACGAUCCACUUUGGCAAGUCAUCUCUAAUUGAUCUCAAUCGUGCAGGCGCACCACUGGUGGAGGUUGUUAGUGAGCCGGAUUUUUCAACAGCAUUGGAAGCAAUGUGCUUUGUUCAGCAGCUUCGUCUAAUUCUCAUGCAUCACGGCAUAUGUCGAGGAGAAAUGCAUAAAGGGCAUUUGCGCGUUGAUGCGAAUGUAUCCUUAUCACACGAGGGAGAAAAAGGAGUCAGAACAGAGGUGAAGAAUAUCAACAGUUUGCGGCAUUUACAUACGGCUAUCAAUUACGAGAUAAAUCGGCAGUAUGAGGUGAUUUCGAGCGGAAAUAGAGUGGUCAACGAGACGAGGACAUGUGAUGAACACGGGCGUACGGUAUCCAUGCGAGAUAAGGAGGAGAUCACGGACUAUCGUUUUAUUCCUGAACCCAAUCUACCUUAUGUCAGAAUCCGCCCAGAAUGGGUAACGGAAUGCAGAGAAUCAGUUUCGUCUGAGCCAAGCUAUAUGAAGUAUCAGCAGUUGGGCUUCGAGCCAAGACUGUCAGUUCAUUAUGCGGUGAGU